AUGCAGCAGCAGCACCCAUCAGACCUUCCAUUACAGCAGCAGAACCACCAGCAGCAGCAGCAACACCACCACCAUCAAUCCGAGCAGCAGCAGCAGAACCAACAGCAGCAGCAGCAGCAGCAGCAGCAGCAGCAGCAGCAGCAGCAGCAGCAGCAGCAGCAGCAGCAGCAGCAGCAGCAGCAGCAGCAGCAGCAGCAGCAGCAGCAGCAGCAGCAGCAGCAGCAGCAGCAGCAGCAGCAGCAGAACCAACACCACCAGCAGCAAGAAGCCGAAAAACCCUUUCCCUCCCCUCCUGCUCCCCUGCCAGUUGGAGCAGCAGGCAGCAGCCUUAGCCCAGCUGAGGAUCCCGGAGGAGUGGGGCUGGAGGGGCUGGGCAUGAUGGGGGUGAAACGGGCAGUGAGGGAGGAGGGGGGGAGGGUGGCGAGGGUGAGAGCAAAGAGAAUGGCUGACAUGCUGCAGCGAGCAGGCAGCAUCGUGAAGCAGGUGGAUAGCUGGGGAGAUGUGGGGGAUGGGGGGGUGAAGCGGGCAGUGCGGGAGGAAGGGGGGAGGGUGGCGAGGGUGAGAGCAAAGAGAAUGGCUGACAUGCUGCAGCGAGCAGGCAGCAUCGUGAAGCAGGAAGUGUGGGGCAUGCAUUGGGGGAGUGAAGGGGGCAGUGAGGGAGGAGGGGGGGAGGGUGGCGAGGCUACUAAAGCACAGGUUCGGAUUAGUGUUGGUCAAGCCUCUCUGCCCGCUUACCUUCUCUCCCCUCUUCCUGCUUUUGAAGCACAGGUUCGGGUCGGGUGGGUGUUUGCCGAGCCUGUGGACGCGGAAAGUUUAGGUCUGCCCGACUACCAUGAGAUCAUCAGCCAUCCCAUGGACCUGGGCACCCUCCGCUCAACUUCUGGCCUCCUACCCCCUUCUGCCCUCUGCCCCCCUCUGCCUUCCCCCCCCGCCCCCCUUCUGCCCUCUACCCCCCUUACACCCUGUUCUCCCCGUUCCUACCUGGCAGCUUCUGAAGCACAGAUCAUCAGCGAGCCCAUGGACCUGCCUGCAUGGCCCCUCCUUCUCCCCCACCUCCUCUGCCCUCUACAACCCCCUCUGCCGCCCCCCCCUUCUGCCCUCCGCCCCCUUUCUGCCCUCCGCCCCCUUUCUGCCCUCCCCCUCCUUACACCCUCUUUCCCCCAUCACUCUUCUACAGUUGCUAAAGCACAGCGAGCCCAUGGAUCAUGGAUCUUGGAUCUUGUGCCAUCCGCCCCCUUAUCUGGGCCCCCCCGCCCUUUCUGCUCCCCACCCCCACUAUCGGCCCUCCGUCUCCCCUACACCCUCUGCCCCUACGUCCCCUCAAAUCCGUCCCUACAGCUACUGAAGCACAGGUUCGGGUGGGUGUUUGCUGAGCCUGUGGACGCGGAAAGCUUAGGUCUGCCCGACUACCAUGAGAUCAUCAGCCAUCCCAUGGACCUGGGCACCAUCCGCUCCCACCUCGUCCAAUCACUUGCUGCCACGCGGGCAGACGGGGCAGCCGAGGGAAAAUUUGGAGAAGAGGGAAAAGGAGCAGCAGCAGGAGAAGCAGAAACUACUGCUGCUGCUGCUGCUGCUGCUGCAUCGCAGCCCCCUCACUAUAGUCACGUGACAGAGGUGGCAGGGGAUGUGCGGCUGGUGUUUGCAAAUGCGAUGAAGUACAAUGGACCGGGAUCAGAGGUGAGAGGGGGUUGGGAGGGAGUGAGAUUGGGUUGA